AAUUGCAGAUUGUUUACGUAGUGAAGGAAACCUCAAGAUGGCGGCUCCCAUGUGAAAUACUCGCACCUGCUCCUUGUAAACUUGAUGAAUGUGUGCCAUAACUUAAUUAUUCGGGGAAUUUCCGUCAGCUUAAAUUCAGGAUGGAUAGGAAACCUGGCUUCCUCACGAAAAAUCCCCAGGACGCGGUAAAAGAGCUGAAGUGGAUAAAGGUUGUUGGUAUUGGAAAUGCUAAUGUGGGGAAAACGUGUCUAAUCAAACAUUUCUGUGAGAGUAAGUUCUGUGGAGGCUACCAGCCAACAGUUGGGGUGGAUUAUGGGUUUAAGAUCCAACACGUUGAUGGAGUAGAUUUGCGUGUACACCUGUGGGACCUCUCUGGAAGCCCAGAAUAUAUUGAUGUUAGAAAUGAACUCUACCUCCAGACCGACGCCAUCUUUAUGGUGUAUGACGUCACUAAUCAAGCCUCGUUUGAGGCGUUGGAAGUUUGGAUGAAGGAGGUCAAUAAGUACAGUACGACUGGCCCAGAAAUACGAUUGGUCGGAAACAAGAUUGAUAUUAAGAACAAACGUCAGGUUGAGAAGGAUGAAGCUAAAAAAUGGGCAACGCAAAAUAAAAUGGUAGGUUACUACGAGACGUCUGCGUCCACAGGUGAAGGUAUUGACUCCUUGUUCCACGAUAUGUUGUGCUCAAUAAUUGAGAGAAAGAAACUUUAUAAAAAGUCGGCGUCGCUAUGACAACAUAGUGUUGUGACAAUGUGUGAAUAUUUCUUUGUGUAAUUGAAAAAUAACUUCAGCAGCCAUUGUCUGUCAAUCGCCCUGACAGUGUGUUUGAGAUUUGUUUUUGUUUAUGUUGACAGACAGUGAAAUGUUUAUUUUAUCAUCAGUAUAAUAAUGUAUGUGUUGUAUUUCUAGGUAUGCAUAUGUUUAUAUUUAAUUAAACAUCAUUACUCAAUUUUAA